UCUAAUCGGCCUCUGCUCAAUAAAGUUAGACUCAUCUGAAGGCACACCGAGUGACAAUUUGCCCGUCGAUCCUUCUCGGCGCGGUGGUGUCCUAGGGUUUCUCAGUCGGAGGGAAGGAGACGGCGAGUGGGACGAGAUCCCAGUUCUUGUCGUCGGAAGCAUUGUGCAGGUGUCUGCUAGGUCUGUCACCCCGCGCUGGCCGUGGGAUCUAGGGAGGAUCGGCGACAAUGAGUAGUUUGGUGGAGCGACUCCGAGUGAGGUCCGAGAAGCGGCCUCUCUAUAACCUUGACGAGUCCGACGACGACGAUUUCGUCGUCUCCAAGGCAUUGAAGAGAAAGCUGGAGGAGAAACCGGCCGAAAAGUUUAAGAGGGUUGACGCGAAAGAAGAUUCAUGCCAAUUUUGUGGGGCCAGUGAGAGCCUCAUUAACUGUACUACAUGUACCUAUGCUUUUCACAAAGGGUGCUUAUACCCUUCUUCCAGAGCACUUUUAGGUGAUACAUGGAGCUGUCCUGAAUGUGUGAGCCCCUUAACUGAAGUUGAAAAGAUUUUAGAUUGUGAAAUGCGCCCGACAAUGGCAGAUAAGAAUGAUUCUACCAAGUUUUUUUCAAGUCAGACUAAAGUCAAACAAUAUCUUGUUAAAUGGAAAGGGUUUUCAUACCUUCAUUGCACUUGGGUUCCCGAGAAAGAAUUUAUAAAAGCUGCCAAGACUCAUCCUCGAUUGAAGAGUAGGUUAAACACUUUCCACAAACAAAUGGAAACAUUGAAUAAGUCAGAUGAUGAUUGGGUGGCUAUUCGUCCUGAGUGGACCACUGUCGACAGAGUCCUUGCUAGCAGGAAUACUGGUGAUGAGCGUGAAUAUUUUGUAAAAUGGAAAGAACUUGCUUAUGAUGAGUGUACAUGGGAAGUGGGGUCUGAUAUUUCCACCUUCAAGCCUGAUAUCGAAAGAUAUGAAAUGAUUCAAUCGAGACGUCCAAAGAAAUCCCGCAGUAAGAGUAAAAGUCUUAACCCCAAUUUAGAGUUGAAGCAAAAACAGAAAGACUUUCAACAAUAUGAUGCCACUCCAGAAUUUCUUUCUGGUAAAUUGCAUCCAUAUCAACUUGAGGGCUUGAAUUUCCUGAGGUUUUCAUGGUCUAAAAGUACACAUGUCAUCCUUGCUGAUGAGAUGGGUCUUGGAAAGACCAUACAAAGCAUUGCCUUUUUAGCUUCUUUGUUUGAAGAGAACAUCUCUCCUUAUUUAGUGGUUGCACCACUAUCAACACUGCGCAACUGGGAGCGUGAGUUUGCAACCUGGGCUCCACAUAUGAAUGUUGUGAUGUACGUUGGAUCUUCCCAGGCUCGUGAGGUUAUUAGGAAAUAUGAGUUUUAUUACCCAAAACUUAAGUCUAAGAAGCAUAAAAAAAAGAAGCUUAUUCAAUCUAGUAACCAAAAUAAACAAGCACGGAUCAAGUUCAACGUACUGUUAACCUCAUAUGAAAUGAUUAACAUGGACUCAGCUGUUCUAAAGUCUAUAGAAUGGGAGUGCAUGAUUGUGGAUGAAGGCCACAGACUGAAGAACAAGGAAUCCAAAUUAUUCCAUUCACUCAAACUCUACUCAACAAAACAUCGUGUACUUUUAACUGGAACCCCUCUUCAGAACAACCUGGACGAGCUAUUCAUGCUUAUGCACUUCCUUGAUGCAGGAAAGUUUGCAAGCAUCGAAGAUUUCCAGAAGGAGUUCAAGGAUAUAAAUCAGGAAGAGCAAAUUGAUAGGCUUCACAAGAUGCUGGCCCCACACCUCCUAAAGAGAGUAAAGAAAGAUGUUAUGAAGGAUCUUCCUCCAAAGAAGGAAUUAAUUUUAAGGGUUGAGUUAAGUAAUGUGCAAAAAGAAUAUUAUAAGGCCAUCCUCACUCGUAAUUACCAAAUACUUGCUCGUCGUGGCGGGCCUCAGAUAUCACUCAUCAAUGUUGUUAUGGAACUUCGUAAGCUAUGCUGCCAUGCAUAUAUGUUGGAAGGUGUAGAACCUGCAAUUGAACCAACUGAUGCUAAUGAAGGUUUCAGGUGUUUUCUUCGAUUUCAAACCAUUUGCUUUCUCUUUGGUUCUCAUCUUCAUGAGGAGGAGUUGGAUGACAUAAUAAGAUAUGGUUCAAAGGAGUUAUUUGCUGAUGAAAGUGAUGAAGCUAAAGCUCGUCAAAUACACUAUGAUGAUGCAGCAAUUGAUAGAUUGCUCAAUCGUGACCAUAUUAAUGGUGAAGAAUCUUCAGUUGAUGAAGAGGAUGAUGGUUUCCUAAAAGCUUUUAAGGUGGCGAAUUUUGAGUACAUUGAUGAAGUGGAAGCUGCAGCUGCUCAAGAAGAAAAAAUGAAGAAGCAACUGGAGGCUGAGAGAGCUUCUAACUCUAACACUGACAGAGCAAACUACUGGGAUGAACUGCUGAAAGACAAGUUUGAGGUUCAGCAAAUUGAAGAGCUCACAGCUAUGGGCAAGGGUAAACGCAGUCGUAAACAGAUGGCAUCUGCUGAGGAUGAUAUCACUGGUGUUCAAGAUGUGAGUUCCGAAGAUGAGGAUUACAGUUGUGAAGAUGAUUUGAGUGAUACUGAAUCUAAUCUACCAGGAAAUGUGUCUGGAAGAAGGGGCCCAUAUUCAAAGAGGAAACUACGUGCUGAUUAUUCAGAGCCACUUCCUUUAAUGGAGGGUGAGGGGAAAUCUUUCAGGGUUCUUGGUUUCAAUCAUAACCAGAGGUCUUUAUUCCUGCAAUUGGUCAUGAGGUUCGGCUUUCAGGAUUAUUCAUGGAAGGAAUAUCUUCCCAGAAUAAAGGGGAAGAGCUGGCAAGAGGUUCAAGAUUAUGCUGAACUUUUCAUGAGACAUCUCCAGGAGGAUAUGACAGACUUGCCCAAUUUUUCAGAUGGUGUUCCCAAAGAAGGAGCGCGUAUCGAGGAUAUAUUGAUUAGAAUAGCACAUAUUCAAUUGAUAGAAGAGAAGAUGAGGUUCAUCGCGGAACAUCCAGGAGCUAAGCUUUUUUCAGAAGAUAUAAUGGUGCAUUUUCCUGGCCUGACUGCAAGAUUUUGGAAAGAAGAACACGAUCAAUCACUGCUGAAAGCUAUGUUGAAGCAUGGUUAUGCUCGAUGGCAAUAUAUCAUAGAAGACGAAGAAAUAGGGAUAGCUGAUAUUGUCCGUAGGGAGUUAAAUAUUCCUGGCAGGUCAUUUUCUGGAAGUGUUCAUACUAAUGAGAAUGUUGAUUCUGUUCCAACUGCAAGUAGUGCUCAAAAUUGUAAUGGGAUUCCUGAAUCUUUAAAAGACGGCUACAGCUCGUAUCAGUCAAGAGAAUUGCAAAGAAGGGUUGUUGAAUUCAUAAGGAAGAGAUAUUUUCAUUUAGAAAAAGCUUUAGAAUUUGAAUGUUUUAAGAAAAAAUAUGCAAGUGAGCAGCUGACUCAAGAUCCACAAGUUGAUACAAAGGUUUCAGAAACAAGUAAUCUUAACAUGGAUGUCACCGAAUUGUUGGGGCAAAUGCCUGCUGUGGAACAGAUACCUCCAGAAGAACUUGCCUGUGACAAGAAAGAUGGCCGAGUAGGAUUGCACCGACUUUAUAACGAGAUGUGCACUGUAAUAGAAGAAAAUACUAUCGACUCGGUGCAUGCACACUUGGGCGAUACCUCCGCUGUUUCUAGGAUGAAAAAGACCUUUCAUCAGCUAGAGACUAUCCACGAUGAUGUGUGUCAAAUUAUUGCAGAGUCAAAUCAACCGGCAGUUGCUGAAAAACCCCAAGUACAAACUGUAGGAGAUGCAACUCAACCUUGUAGCAAAUCUGAAUCCCAAUCUCAAAAGGAUGAAAAAUCACAGGAGGUGAACGUGUCACAUGGACAAUUCAGGGAAACAAUUGGGGCAGAGACUUGCAAGUAUCCAUCAUCAGAAAGAGUGAUUGCCGUUGAUGAUUAAUAUAAUGUCAUCAUUAUCGUAGGUUAAGUAAUUGUCAGGCUAAUUUGACCGCACGUUGACUAAUUGAAUGCAAUCAGCCUUUUUGCUCUUGUAUAGGCAUACGGUGCUGUGACUAUACAUCUGUUCUGAAUGUUUACAAAUAGUGGAGCAUUGUUACGUCACCAAA